UGUCAACGGUGGCAGCAAACCGGACUAAACGUCACAUUCCUGCAUUCCCUUUUCCUCCCGGUCUGCUGUCUACGUUGGAGUCCCAACUCCCAGCUCAUCUCCCACUUCUUUUGGAAGAAACACACACAUGAAGCGGCGGCUUUGAGAUCAGGAGGUGCGCCCGGGUUCCUCCCCAGGAGAACACAUCCCCAAUUCGGGUCACUCCACCGCCCCCCCCCGGUUGCCAUGGAGAGCUCAUCAGUGGCAUCGGCGUCGUCCGAGGCCGGCAGCACACGCUCGCAGGAGAUCGAGGAGCUGGAGCGCUUCAUCGACAGCUACGUGCUGGAGUACCAGGUGCAAGGGCUUCUGGGAGACAAGGCGGAUGGAGACUUGGACCUGGACGAUGAUGGGAAGGUGCCACAGUGGACAGACAACUGCAACUUCAACCAAGAUGGCCGCUGGACAUCAUCCCAGGGGAGAGAUUUUUCCAAGCCAGCCAUUGACGAAUGGGAGCACAGCAGUAACGGCAGCACGGGUUCCAGGCCCAGUUCUGGAUCCAGGCCGGGUUCUGGCUCCCGAUCCGGCAGCAGGGGACGGAACAACCAGUUGAGAUGCUCCUCCAAGGAUGCCAACAGAGACGGCUCCUUCGAUAUCCUCGGCACAGACAUAUGGGCUGCUAACACCAUGGACUCGUGCGGUGGUACAGGUUGGGAUAUACAGCCGGAGAAGCUGGACUUCAGCCACUUCCACAGGAAACACUUGAGAGGCCCGCCAAAGCAUCUGCCACACAUCGACAGAGAGGGGAUGAGCAAAAGCAAAUUUGAGGAAGAUGACGGCAUAGACAUGAACGACCUCGAGAGGCUCCUGCCCCAUCUGCGCUCUGUCUUCCCACCCCUUCCUAAUGAGGCUGAGAUCGCACACACCAAAAAGCUCUUCCGACGCAGGAGGAAUGACCGCCGGAGACAACAGCGAGGCGGAGGGAAGAACCAGAGCCCGCAACCGUCCCCGCAACAUCAACGGGAUCAAACCCAACAGCAGUCACCCAACCCAACAGAAGCAGGAGACAAUAGAAACAAUGGCGCUGGGCGGUCGCCUCGCCAGCAUCAAGGGGGGCACGGGCCACGCCAAGGGGGAACCCCGCACGGAUACAGCCAGCAUCGACGUUGGCAACCCAGUCAAAAAGGUCACGGACAGCAAAACCUGUCAAACUCUGAUAAAGGAUUACCUCCGAGAGCAACCAAAGAGACCACAGAGAAUGUAAAAGUGGGCGACAAGCAGAUCCGACAGAUGGACGAGCCUCGAGACCGCAAGAGUCCCGGUGACUCAUCCAGAUCUGAGUCAGCGCUCGACACGAACGCUUCUUCAGAUCUGACAGGCAAAGAUUCUCCGAGCCCGCGGGGGGCCAGCACGUCAAGCAAGGGGCAGUCCCGGGAGCCCCACAUCAGCUUGCUUCAGUCGUCGAAGGAGAGGCUGAGGAGGAGACUAAAGGACAAGGAGGAUGCGCCCACAGAGGCGUCCGGCUGGCAGAGUGUGGACCGCCUGGUCGAGCUGCUCAACAGCAUGAGAAGCAACAGCAGCGGCGUGGAAGAGCAGCUGGCCUCCUUCAUGGAGGAGGCCCAGAACUCUGCACGGUCGGAGGAGACUUUGUGUCAGGUGGUCGGCGCCAUCUACAGCAAGGCCGUCUCAGACCGGAGCUUCGCUGCCACUGCUGCAAAGCUAUGCGACAAGAUGGCGCUGUUCAUGGUGGAAGGCACCAAGUUUAGGUCGCUACUUCUCAACAUGUUACAGCGGGACUUCGCCCACCGGGAGGAGAUUCAGCAGUCAGAUGUGGAGAUGUGGUUAGGUUUCAUCACCUUCCUGUGUGAGGUGUUUGGGACCAUGAGGAGCAGUUCCGGACAGCCGUUCCGGGUUCUUGUGUGUCCCAUCUAUACCUGCCUACGAGAGCUGCUGCAGAGCAAAGACGUGAAGGAGGACGCCGUGCUGUGCUGCUCCAUGGAGCUACAGAGCACGGGGCGUCUCCUGGAGGAGCAGCUCCCCGAAAUGAUGACGGAACUCCUGGCGGCCGUGCGAGACAAGAUGCUGUGCCCGGCCGAGUCGCCGCUGACCCGCUCGCUCCUCAUGGAGGUGGUGGAGAUGCACGCCCACCGCUGGAGCCCCCUGGAGGCGCUCACGACGCAGUACUACGACCGCACCAUCCGAAAGCUCACCACCAUGGCCUAGCUUCUAAUGGGACCCUUUCAUGUGCAGUGCCAGGUGUGGGGGCAGCAUGGUGUUUGGCCACUAGGGGCGGUGUUGCCCAUAUGGAUGCUGGGAUAACAGGGGCCCGGGGGGGGUUGUGUAGGGGAGGAUGGCAGCAGCUUGUCCGUUGGGAAUAGAGAGAUUUUAAAGGAGGAGGAGGGUAGGGGUGUCCGUGUCGGUCUCUUCAUUGUGUUCAUUUGUCCAACGCCCACCCCCCCUCCCCCCCAUCGCCAGCCCCCAUGGCUGAUAAAAGGCAGGGAGCAGACACGGUGCUGUCUGUCUGCAUGUCUGGGCCGUCUGCCCUCCCUUCCACAUGGACCCGGGUCAGGAGGUCUCGCCGCGGGACUCCCACGUGGCUCCUCCCCCUGCCUUUGUCCCACCCCCCCGCCCCCACUCCUUUUGCAGGAAGCCUUUUUGUGCGAAUGAGACAGCCGGCCUGCUGGGCCAGGCUGGGCUCAGGAUAAGGAUCAGGCUGGCUAGAGUAGGGCGGCAGAUGGCGGCUUGAGCCCUAGUGAGACGCACACACUACACACUCUACACACUCUACACACUAUACACACUAUACACACUACACACACUCCAGGCGUUCCGAUCCUCAUAGGAAAAGAGGAAAUUGGGGGAUCGGCAGCAUUAGAGAAUUAAAAAAGACACCCACUGCUGUUAAAUCUUUUUGUUUUUGUCUCCCAAGCCGUGUGUGUGUGUUCUCCGUUAGAACAGCAACCUUUUCAUUUUUUAUUUAUAGAUUGUAUUUUACCAUGUGAUUCUUCCCAAGGACUAUUGGGGGCCACGCUGACAAGACCAGAACUUGGUCGCCAUCUUAAGGGAUGAAGCGUUUUUUAGAAACUACAUGUAAAAUAGGAACGUGGUCAUGUGAUGAAUUAGGUCAUCAUUCGCCGAGGCUGUGAUGAAAAACAGGAUAUGAUUUCCAAGUCACGGUGAUAUAAAGUUGUAAUAUUCCGAGUUUGAAGUUUUGAUAUUACCGUAACGAUGACAUAGCCGUGAAUGUCACGAGCCAUAUUGCUCAAAAGAAGUUGUACUUCAAGAAGAAAGAUGGAAUACUUGGGAUAUGUGAUAAUUAUCGUCCCGAUAUAGCAUAAAAAUCAGCUGAUAUUGGUAUCUGAUGUUCUUCCCAAUCAUGAAAAGCGAUAUUAAGCGAAAAUAAGUCAGAUCUUUUACCAGAAUAAAACUGGGUAAUAUGAAAAAAAAAAGAAAUGAUGACUUUGAAGAUAGAGCGUUGAUGUUAUGUCAGUCAGGAUAAGACCAAAAAAAAGGCAUGGCUAAGUGGAGUGUUUCCUAGAAAAACAUUGGAAUGCUAAAGUUGCGACAUCACAGAUCAGUUGGAAUACUACAAGAAUAAAACUGCAAUUGGAUGCUAGAGUACGCAUGCCAGUUAACUUGUACUACUACCAGAAGAAAGGAGUUAUCUUUCACGGAAAAUGGCCCUCCCAAUCGGCAACCGUAGCGACCUCAUUUCCGUCGUUUUGGACGCCCCCCCGGACUGUCUAGCCUUGUUUCAUGACGAUAACAUAUACAGGAUGUAUGAGACAUAUUAUUAGCGCUAAGGCAUCGGUGCACACCGUAGACUUGUUUACGCUGUUGUGAGGAGGCCUUUAGCUUGAAAGCAAGAAAGGAAUAGUUGACCCCCCCCCCCCCCCCCCC